CCCUCCCAUAGACAGAUAGCUGUCGGUCGGGACCGGGGUUAGACUCUCUGAGAAAUAAUCUGCCCACGCCCUAAUCUGCUUUAUCCCCAGCGAGCCUCGGCCGGACACUCACUGCUGCCGCUUAGCGUGGAGGAGCGUGGCAGGCGCAGAACAAGUGGAAGUGACUCAGGCUUCACUGGUGAAGGUUUUCUCUCUGAGGUCGCCUGCUGGAUAUCUGGAACUGGAAGCCGCUGCUGGCCCCGAACCCGCUGCUGGUCGCUCCAGUCUGGGAGGCAGGAGAGAGAGCCCGCGCGCACUCUGGAAGCUGAACGCGGAGAAGCUGGCAACUGAGCUGUGGGAAUGGAAAACGUUGGAUUGUGGAUACUCCUGAUAACGAUAUGUCUUUCAGGAGCUCAGGGUCAAACCGUGCAAAUGGACACCGGGAAGUUUGGCUUCGUUGGCGCCAAGGUGGAUCUCCGCUGUCGGUUCAUCAACAGCUCUCCGCCGGUCAAAAUCUCCCAGGUCACGUGGCAGAAGCUGGUGAACGGCACGAAACAGAACGUGGCCAUCGCCAACCCAUCUCUGGGUGUGUCCGUGGCACCUCCCUACAGAGACCGCGUCACCUUCAAGAACGGUGCGGUGAGGCGUCGAACUCCCAACCUGGAGGACACGACCAUCAUCUUCUCCUCACUGCGCCUCUCCGACGAGGCCACCUACAUCUGUGAAUACACCACGUUCCCCGCGGGGAACCGAGAGAACACGGUCAAUCUCACAGUCUUCGUUCGCCCGACGACCCAGAUGAGUCUCUCCACACCGACCCUUGUGGCCCGCGCCUCCAACCUGAAGACCCCAGUGGCGACCUGCACGUCCGCGAACGGGAAACCAGCUGGUCUCAUCAGGUGGGAGACGAGGGUCCCCGGGGAAGCUACCACCAGAGAAUUCAGAAACCCAGACGGGACAUUCACGGUCCAGAGUGACUACAUUCUAGUGCCCAGCAGGGAGACACACAAGGAGACCCUCACCUGCAUCACCUCCUACAACGAGGAGGUCUUCACUGACAGUGUCACCCUCGACAUUCAGUAUGAGCCGGAUGUUUUGGUGGAUGGCUACGAUGGAAACUGGUACCUGAACCGAGAGAACGUCCAGCUGAGCUGCCAAGCAGAUGCCAACCCGGCGGUGUCUCUCUAUCAGUGGAGAUUGAUAAAUGGCUCCAUCCCAAACAAUGCUGAGAUCCGAGACAACGUCCUGCUGUUCAAAGGACCGGUCACUUAUGAACUGCAAGGCACUUAUGUGUGUGACGCCACCAACAGCAUUGGAACCAGAUCGGCCUUUGUGGAGGUCAGCGUUUUAGACAAACCGCUCCCGCAGAUCGCAACAGGUGACGUCAUCAGCGUGGUGGCUCUGCUGCUGGCUGCCGGAGUGCUCAUGGGCAUUACGAUCACAGUUCUGGUGCUCAAAAUAAGAAGCAGGAAAGACGAUUCCACAAACGACUCUCCGAGAAAACUGGCGCAGCCCAUGAGGAAAAGACCUGCGGAUGACAUUCAGCAUUCAGGGCGGUUUUAUGAGGAGCUCCCUAACACAGCAGACUAUGUGAGCUACAGACUAGCCUGUAACAAGGAGGACUACCCCGAACCCUACUCCCCUCCCAUCAAUCCCCCGCUCUCCUUUCUGCCCCAGCAACCCUACCACUCCUCGCAGCCCAGCAGCAGCUGCAGCAGCACGUCCAAAAACACCUUCUCCCCGCCGACACACACCACAGCCAUCUUUAAAUACCCCUCCGUCUCCGGCCUGUCGUCCCCACCGCCCGGGGUCGGAGCGUACACCUUCCCGAAGGAGCAGUACGUCUAAUACACUUCUGGACAUUAACGGACAAUGCAACUUUUUUUUUUCUACUUCACAUAAUCUUUUGCUGUUUGAUCAUGAAAAUGUUUUACUGGAAUAAAACUAUCAUGCACAACUGCAUCACAUUUGUCCGGAAACGCGACCCAAGAAGAUAAUCUCUUGAUGUGUUUGACCCCUGACUUCAUCCUCUAUUGCUACAUUUUAUAAAAAAAAGAAGGGAAAUUGAAUGAAAAAAAAGAUUGGACCUGCUCAACUUCCAAGCUCAGUCUCUUUAUCCUGCGCUGUAAAUGAUCCAGCGCUUCAACGCUGACCUCAUGUUCCGGUCCUGUCCUUCUGUUCCGAUGCUUGGUUGUGCUUGUAUUUUGUAUUAUUUAAGGUUUUUCAUUUGCUGAGGACUUCCUGGAGGAAUUCUGAAAUCAAUGUUUAUAUUUGUUGUGUUUGUGCAUUCUAGUUUUCAUUGACACUGGCUGUUGGAUGAACUCUUUAGUGAAUAAAUAAAAAAGUAAUGUAUUUUAAAUCUUUCUUGUUCCAUCCCCCACACUACCAUCAUCCAACCACCCAUCC